AUGAAGCCAACUACUAACAAGAAGGCUAAGAUGAAAUUGCCAAAUAUCCUGGAUGCUUUGAAGGUCACCAAUAACCCAACAUCAGGGAUAGUAGGACUUGCAAAUGUUGGUAAGUCUACUUUCUUCCAAACUAUAACGAAUUCGCACUUAGGUACCGCUGCCAAUUACCCAUACGCAACUAUAGAUCCUGAAGUUGCCAAAGUACCCAUACCAUCUCCAGAACUUCCAGUAUUGCAGAAACUUUAUCAGAGUGGGAAAGUUAUACCUGCUGCAUUAACAAUUUACGACAUAGCUGGCUUAACUAGGGGUGCCUCAGAAGGUCAUGGCCUUGGGAAUAAGUUUCUAAGCGAUAUAAGACAUGUAGAUGGUAUAUUUAAUCUGGUACGUGGGUUUAAGGAUGAGAAUAUCACACAUAUUGAAGGAAAUGUCGAUCCGGUACGUGAUUUAUCGGUAGUUCAGGAUGAACUGAUUCUUAAGGACCUUGAAUUCAUUGACAAUGUACGUGAAAAGGCCUCUAGAAAGCUUAGAAUGCUAUCUAAAAACUCUAAAGAGUACCAGGAGUACAAUUUCGAGAUCGAGCUUCUUGGUAAAUUAGAAGAACAUCUUUAUGACGGUAAGAGGAUAAGCAACUUUAAGAAUGAAGAUGAGAAAUGGAAUGUGGAUGAAAUCAAAGUGUUGAGACGCAAUAAUUUCUUGACAGCUAAACCAUCAUUAACUUUACUUAAUGUUAGUCCCGAAGAGUAUUUACAACUACAUUCACAAAAUACCCUAGAAAAUGCUGCUUUCUCAAAAGAAGUUACAGAAUGGUUAAAAGAAUACUCACCUAACGAUGAUUUGAUAUACUUUAGUGCUGAAUAUGAGAAGAAUUACCUAGAAUACACAAAAAAUAAUGACAAGUCUGGUUUAGCACAAUAUUGUAAGAAUGUUGCAGGUACUGAUAUUAACACAUCUGAUAAGAGGACUGCACUACCAGACAUUAUACUUAGAAUGAAGCACUUACUGGGGCUGAUCAGCUUUUACACAUGUGGUCCAUUAGAGGUGAGACAGUGGAACAUUCGCAGAGGAAACAACGCACAAGAGGCUGCGGGUGUAAUUCAUACCGAUUUGCAGGAGACGUUUAUAAGUGCGGACAUCAUCAAUUAUGAAUCUCUGAGAGAUAUAGAGCCUCCAUUAGAUGAAUCAUAUCUUAAGAAAAAAGGAUUAAUCAAACGUGUUGGUAAGCAAUAUAUCAUGGAAGAAAACGAUAUCGCGUUGUUCAAAGCAGCUGGUGGUAAAACUAGGUAG